AUGAUUCGGGCUGUCUUUACAAUAAUUCUUUCUUUGAAUUAUAUAAUAAAAGUAUCUGGAGUUAUAGAAGUGUAUAUCGAUCUUCAUUUAAAGGAAAUAGUUUUUCUGAUGCCGAUAGUACUUUUAAUAUUCUUUCAAAUUUAGGUUGGAUUUGUAAGUGGAGCCUCGCCAUAAUUCACGUGGUGUGAUACAGGAAAAUUAUUUGGAGGAUAUAAUUAUUUUGGAACAAAGACAAGUGUUAGAACUCCAUUUAUUUUUAAGGCAUUAACAGAAGGUUAUGCCAUUCAUGAAAAGAUUUAACUAAAAUCCAAAAAUAUUGACAUUUAAUUCCUUUAAAAGAAUAGAUUUAUUGGACUAGAUAAUUAAAUUAAUGCAAGCGCGUUUGAUAGAAAUAUGAAAGAUGAAGUGUUAAUAAUAAUAAUGAUGUAAAAUUAAUCUCUCAUUUGCAUGGUGUUUUUCUUUAUUUUUUGA